AUGGAACAUAGUAAAAUUGAUAGUGAUAUUGAAGCUCUUGUAAGAAAAUACAACUUAGACUCAGACCCGUUUACUUCAUUCAGCUUUAAAACAAGCCCUCAAAAAGAAAUACCUAUCCCUGAACAAGAUGAAAGCUUUAAACUUUCAAGAGGCAGCGCACUAUCGUCAUCUCAAUAUGAAUCUCCGCAAUUAUCAUUCAGCAGACCUCCUAUAUUAUCUACUUCUCCAAAAGACUCAGCAAGCUCCCAAGCAAUUGCGUCUGCUAUGAAAGCACUUCAAGAGAAAUUAAAAAUAACUGAGAAUGCUAACUCUCCCCCCUUUAAAUUGGAACAAAGCAUCGGUUAAACUUGUAUUUUUUGGGUACUUUCCCCCUUUAAAUUGGAACAAAAUUUAUUUUUCUAUAGGAAAAUUUUAUCAAUGAAAAUACUAAUUUAAAAGACAAAAUGCAAGUAGAAUGCUAUUUAAACAAUUUUCACACUGAAUCGAUUAAUUAUUUUAAUUAAUUCCUCAUAAAAAUAAAUUAUAAUUCAAAGUAUUGUGUUUAAUAUAUAUUGUUUUAAAAAAAAAUUAAAAGUGAAAAACUAAUUUUUAUAAAAUAAGUUUUGACCUAAUUUAAUGAAAAAAGUGCAAGUCGAAUGCUAUUUAAAUGGUUUCCACACUAUUCGAUUUAUUAUUUAAUUAUUUCUUCAUAAAAAUAAUUUAAAUUCAAAAAUAUUGUGCUUAAUUUAUAUUUUUUAAAAAUUUUAAAAAAGUUUAUUUAUAGAGAAAGUUUAAUAUAUUAUUUUUUUUUUAAAAAAUACCCCCCUUUAAAUUGGAAACAGAUUUUUGUUCCAUUUAAAAGGGAAAGUAAAGAACAGCUUCAAUCUGAUAUAGACGUGCUAGAAAAAAGAAGUUAUGAAGAAAAACAAAGAAUGAACACAGAGUUGAGCAAAGCUAUUUAUAGCGUAAAAGAUUUAGAAAAAAAAUGCUAUGAGCUAGAUCAAGCUUUGCAAACAAAAAAUAAUUUAAUUGGAAAGCUAGAAGACCAAAUUGGAUUUUUAAAUACUCAAUGUGGCUUUGCAGAGGGGGAAAAUAAACGAUUUCAAGAGCAGUAUGCUAUUGACAAAGAAAAUUGGUCUUUACAGGUAUAAUUUCCUACCUUAAAUUGUCUAUAAGCUAAUUUACUAAUGAAAACCUUACAAAUUUAAAUAAAAUUGCUAUAGAGCAUUUCAAAAAAAUGCUUGCUACUAAGAAUGACUCUGAAGAGUCUUCUUUAGAAGCAUUAAGAGCAGAGCAAGCCAAAAAUAGAAAUUUAGAAGAAAAAAUCCUCGAAAAAGAUGAAGUAAUAGAAGCUUUAAAUGAAGAAAUUUAUCAGCUCAGACAAAACUUAGACUCAGAAAGAGAUAUAGCGCUUUCCCGAGGAUGGCGCGGAAUGGCGCCAUCCUCGGGAAAGCCGGGAAGGCAUCCACACGGGAACUGGGAGUUCCACGUGUGGAUGCCAUUUUGACAUGUGGAAGUUUGGAUCCCACAUGUCAAAAAUGGCAUCCACACGUGGAACUCCCAGUUCCCGUGUGGAUGCUUAGUUGACUUUCCCGAGGAUGGCGCCAUUCCGCGCCAUCCUCGGGAAAGCGCUAUAUACAUCAGAAAAAUCUUGAAGUUUUAGAAGACGAAUUAAGAAGGACCAAACUUGAUUUAAACGAUAAAACAAUCAGAUUAGACGAUUUGAAUAAAAGCUAUCAAGACACAUUAUCUAAACAACACAAUAUGCAUAAAAUAGCUAGAGAUUUCCUCUCUUGGCUAGGGUAAUUGUGCAUACCUGGCGUGGUUUUGAGAUUCAAUUAUAUCCCAGCAAUGUUUAGUAGCCUCAAAGCAGACUUGAGACUUUUUUCCGCUGAAUCAAUCUCUGGAUCUUAGGACAGUUAAUUGCAUCUUUUUUCUAACAGUUUCCAGCUCAGUGGGAGUUCGCUAUGGAGCAGAAAGACAGGAAGACGUAACUACUCAGCUGCUUUGAUGAUUACCCCCCAAAUGGAGAUAGCAUUUGAACUUUUUCUUUGUGUCACUAGGGGGAAAAGGGGAGGCAAAUUAGACAGUUUGCUUGCAUCAGCAAGUGAGUCUAUCCAGUCGAAAGUGGAUCUCACAACGAGAGCAUCUGGCCUUUGAACAUUCCAGGAUUAGCAUCAAAACAGGUGACGUCCUUUAGUUGGAAAAGGUCAUGCCCAGCAAUUCCUUUGGACCCUUGGUGAAAUCACAACCAAGCAACCGAAGGCUUCGGCCUGGGUUACAGAAGACGGUAGAACUCUGCAACCCCGCAGCACACCACUGCGAAAGAGCGAUCAGCAAAUAAGAGACUUUAAAUGCCUUCCGAAUUAAUCUAAUCUAAUAUAAACAAAGCACAGAAAUAGAAGAACUAAAGCUUCACAUCGCUGAGCUAAAUAAAAUUAAUUUUUUAUCAGAAGAAGCAAGAAAUGCGCUUAAACAUGAACACAUGGAGACUCAGCAUUUUGUAAAAGACAUUGUUUCAGUAAACGAGCAACUUGUAGAUUCUCUUAAACGAGAGUCACAAGCUAAACUUUUGCUUGAAAACGCUAGCAGAGAGAGAUCAUUGUCAAAUAAACCUAUCAAAAAACACAAGAAAAAGUUUUCUGCAAGCUUGAAAAAAUCAAUAGUAAAUAAAACCCAAAAAUCGAACGCACACAAGCGAGAAUAUUCAAGGGAAUCAAGCAUAGAAAGAAGUUCUAGAGGUUUUACACCGAAAAGGCAUGUGAAAUCUCCUUCAUAUUUAAAAAAUAACAAAAAUGAAGAAAAAGAGCUGGAAUAUGAAAUUAAAGAACUGGAUAAAGAAAUUUCAAAAUACAAUGGGAUGUAUAAACAGCUGUUGCUAAUGUCAAAUGAUGGAUCUAGAGAUUUAGGAGCCUUAAAAGCAGAAUUAGACGAUAUUUCAGCCAAAAUGGAAGAAAAAAGCAAAAUGUUAUAUUCACUGAAGAGAAAACAUCAAGCGAUUUUGAGAGAAAAAAUGCUUACUUUUAACUAA